UGGAAAUCAUGAGCCCUGGUUGACCAUGUGCUGAAUGCGGCCAUGUGGCGAUGGCUUUUGCCGCUGGCGGCAGGCCAGCAGUGGUGCGAGCUCCCCAAGGAGCUCGCAACCACCUUGGUGCCCUGGGAGACCCAAGAGGCGCAGCUCGUGGAAUGCUUGCGAGGGGUGCAGCAGGCGCUGCAGGCCGUUUGCACUCAGUUGUACCAGCAGCCGGGAGUGCAAGGGAUGCAGGCGCAGCGCUGGCAGGAAGCCGUUUCCGCCUGGGAUGUUGCCCAGAAGGCGCUUCUGCGAGAUGCUGCCCAACAGCCCGCCUGCGCUCGCCGCGAGCUGCGUUCAGCGCAGCCAGCGGCGUUGCUGUCUGGGGCGUCUGUGCGCUUCGCCGCCCUGGCACGCAACAACGCGGCGCCCAGGAGCUGGCUCUACCACUUUCAGAGCACCUGGCGUAUGGUGCUGAAGCUCGUAGAGUUCCUCCAGGUCUUGUCCCUGGACGGAUUUUCCAUGGUGUCGGACCUCGCCUACUGGCUGCACCGCCGCGCCUACCGCCAGGCCGGCCAGAGCGAGCAGGAGCUUUGGUCCGUGGUAGCCAAAGAGCUGCCAACCUUCAGGAUCGCCACAGAUGGGGCGCCGCUGCGGCACGACGUGGGCGCGCCCUUCGUGGUGGACAGGGCCCUCGCAGCAGAGAAGCGCGGACAGGCGCGGGUGGUGGAGGUGGGGGUCUUCCAGGCCAACCUCUCCCAUCACCUCUGGCGACGUAGCGCCCGGCUGCGAGGGCAAGGCCGCGUUGAGCUGCACUUGGUGGACCAUUGGGGCGCCCCCAAUGUGCCGCUGCUGCGCCGCGGCCGGGUGGUGGGCACGGGCUCGGACAUGGGGGGCCAGAGCAACGCCUCGGCGCUGCUAAAACUCUGGCGCCGCUUCGAAGCCCAGGGCGCCCAGGGCUUCGAGGUGCCGCACUGGGACGCCAGGGCCUGCCAUGGGCUCUCCGACGCGCUGGCCGUUGGCUCCGACCUCCUGCUGCACCGCAGCACCAGCGUGGGCCCGGCCAGGUGCUUUGAGGAUGACAGCCUCGACCUGGUGUACAUCGAUGCAGACCACAAGUGGUGGAGUGUGCUUCAGGACUUGACCGCGUGGUGGCCGAAGGUGCGACCAGGCGGCUUGAUGAUGGGUCACGACUUCCACUUCAACUCGCUAAUGGAGCGGAUCGGGGACGCGGCAGGUGACAUGAAUGAAGUCCCUUUGGCCGUGGCUGCCUUCUUCCGAUCUCCGAUGGAGGUGGAGCUCCACUCAAACUUUGUGUGGUCGGUGCGGAAGGCCUUGCGGAGCGGCAACGCCACGGAGUCCCGGUGGCGACGCCAAGAGCUUUGCGAACUGCUGCGGAGGAAGCUGCAGCCCCACUGGGACUUCGAGACGUG